GGUUCAGGAAAGACAGGGAAAAGCAGAAGUCUGAAGUGGAGAGAUUGGCAGCAGUACUCUGGGAGGAAAAGCAGUUGGUGCAGCCAGGAGGAGCAGCUGCAAAUCUGAGAGCUGUGAUGGGGGAGAACCACAGCCUGGACUUCCCUAAGCCAUCAGCUCUUGGUCACCAGAGAUGGACACUCACCCCAGACCGAGGAGUUUUGUCCUGACUACGGAGGAAGUCCUCGGACCUCAGGAUGGCGGAUGUGCCCAAUGGCCAGCCCUCUGAUGCUCCCCUGGAGCUGUACAACAGCAUCCUUGCCCAAAGCGAGCACGUGCGCUGCCUCAAGGCUUCAAAGGCGUCAAAAGAUGAAAUUGACUCUGCAGUGCAAAAGCUGUUAUCAUUAAAAACGAGCUACAAAGCCAUCGUGGGGGAGGAGUCCAAGCCUGGCUGCUUCCCGGAGAACCCUGCACCUGGGAGUAAGAGUGGCCCUGAGGCCACCAAAGGCAGUGAGGACUUUGUGGACCCAUGGACAGUACGGACGAGCAGCGCGAAGGGCAUUGACUACGACAAGCUCAUAGUUCAGUUUGGCAGCAGUAAAAUUGACAAGGAGCUGAUAAACCGGAUAGAGAGAGCCACCGGGCAAAGACCACACCGCUUCCUGCGCCGAGGCAUCUUCUUCUCACACAGAGAUAUGAAUCAAGUGCUCGACGCCUACGAGAAUAAGAAGCCAUUUUACCUGUACACGGGCCGGGGCCCCUCUUCUGAAGCCAUGCAUGUUGGUCACCUCAUCCCCUUCAUUUUCACAAAGUGGCUGCAGGACGUAUUCAAUGUGCCCCUGGUCGUCCAGAUGUCCGACGACGAGAAAUACCUGUGGAAGGACCUUACCCUGGAGCAAGCCUACAGCUACACCUUGGAGAAUGCCAAGGACAUCAUCGCCUGCGGCUUUGACAUCAACAAGACUUUCAUCUUCUCCGACCUCGAGUACAUGGGGAUGAGCCCAGGCUUCUACAAGAAUGUGGUGAAGAUUCAGAAGCAUGUCACCUUCAACCAGGUGAAAGGCAUCUUCGGCUUCACGGACAGUGACUGCAUCGGGAAGAUCAGUUUCCCCGCCGUGCAGGCCGCGCCCUCCUUCAGCAACUGCUUCCCGCAGAUCUUCGGGGACCGGGCCGACAUCCAGUGCCUCAUCCCCUGCGCCAUCGACCAGGACCCCUACUUCCGGAUGACCAGGGACGUGGCCCCCAGGAUCGGCUACCCUAAGCCGGCGCUGCUGCACUCCACUUUCUUCCCGGCCCUACAGGGCGCCCAGACCAAGAUGAGCGCCAGCGACCCCAACUCCUCCAUCUUCCUCACAGACACGGCCAAGCAGAUCAGGACCAAGGUCAACAAGCACGCAUUCUCGGGAGGCCGAGACACUGUGGAGGAGCACCGCCAGUUUGGGGGCAACUGUGACGUGGAUGUGUCCUUCAUGUACCUGACCUUCUUCCUGGAGGAUGACGACAGGCUGGAGCAGAUCCGGAAGGACUACACCAGCGGCGCCAUGCUCACUGGCGAGCUCAAGAAGGCUCUCAUAGACAUCCUGCAGCCGCUGAUCGCCGAGCACCAGGCCCGGCGCAAGGAGGUCACUGACGAGAUGGUGAAAGAGUUCAUGACCCCCCGGCAGCUGUCCUUCCACUUCCAGUAAUGCACGUCCUCUGGUGCCCGUGACACCUAAUUUGUGAGUAAUCCGGGUUCCGUCCAAGCCCCAGCCUCCCCCCAGGCUUCUGUCCCCUGGUAAUUCCUGGCGUCUGCAAGCCCUGCGUGAGUUACAGAUUGGGUUCCCCCUGAGACGCCUGUGCUUCCUGUCUGUGGGCAGUCGGGUGCUGGCUCACAUCGUGGUCAGAUGGGGAGCCAGCGGGAGUCUCCCCACGAGGGUCCGUGCCACCCCAGAGACCUGCUAGGACUCCAAACGUACCCAAAAUCCACUCCACGGGAAACUGCCCUGUGUGUCUUGAGUGAACCAAAAUGUCUAAAAAGUGCUGUGGAAAGUUUCACAGGCACUGCACAGUUGAGCCCAUACCCCCAAAAGGAAACUGAUCGCUAAGAGCUUUGCUGAGCGCUUGGCCACAAUCGGUGCGGUGUGGCUCCACAGUAGUGCGGCCCGGGUCACAUCCUGCUGCCACAAAGAAGAAAUCACCCGGCUUUUCAUUCGCUUUGAAGUGGCCGUGGGUGGAAUCGAGGCCGCCUUACUGAGCCCUGUGGCUCAGCUCCCGCUGGCUUUGUGGACUCCAGACCAUGCACGUCAUCCACUCCAGGAAUCAUGCUCAUUGCCCUUAAUGUGCCAAUUUCCCAGCAAAUAACCGAGCACUCCAUCUGCAGGAUCCAAAGGCCGCUUUCCGCAGGAGACAGUAACAGUCUGUUACCUUUGCAGAUGCUUUUGUUUUGACACUUGACUGCAGUGGAAGUCAGCACAGAGCAGUGCCCAGCUGUGCCAGGCUGGUGGACCUAGCUAGAGACACUCGUGGCUGCCCCAGGCUGGAGCCUCCCUGUGGGUGGCCACAUCCGACCCCUCCACACAUAGUCUUAUAGAGCAGCCACCACCUCAGGGGGAGCCCUGGGUGUGGAAGCUGGCCCCGGGCUCACAGGUCCACUCUGGGGUGCUCUGCCCCCUGUGCUCAAAGUCGAAUAAACUUCCUUUGCUCCUGUC